AUGGUCGACAUUGCGAAAUCCCAAGAUGCUGAAGUGGGCGACGGAACCACAUCAGUUGUUGUGCUAGCCGCAGAAAUCCUUAAACGGAUGAAGCCUUUUAUUGAGGACGGGGUUCAUCCUCAGUUGCUUAUUCGUGCAAUAACAAAAGCAAGUGAAGAGGUUAGCACUAAUACUGUCAGACGCCUUCUGUUUGAUUAUCAUUUUAAUGCUUUCCUUAAGGCUCUGGAUCAUUUGUCCAAGUUGGCCAUUAAAAUCGAAGGUGAAAAGGAAUUGCGAGAAAUGCUGGUCAAGUGCGCCAUGACCACACUUAGUAGCAAGCUUGUGAGUCAAGAGCGUGAGUUUUUCGCUGAAAUGGUUGUGGAUGCAGUGAAUAUCCUUGACGAAUCCUUACCACUAAAUAUGAUUGGAAUCAAGAAAGUUAGCGGUGGAAAUUUGAAUGAGUCUCGCCUCGUUAGAGGAGUCGCCUUCCAGAAAGCGUUCAGCUAUGCAGGAUUUGAGAUGCAGCCAAAACAUUACAAAGAUCCCCUUGUUGCUCUGCUCAACAUUGAGCUGGAGCUAAAGGCAGAAAAGGACAACGCAGAAAUGCGUCUUACGACGGUCGAGGAUUUCCAGGCUGUUGUUGAUGCAGAAUGGAGCAUAUUGUACGAGAAGCUGCAGAAAAUCCACGAUAGUGGUGCCAAAAUAGUGCUGUCGAAACUUCCGAUUGGAGAUGUCGCUACGCAGUGGUUUGCAGACAGAGAUAUGUUCUGCGCCGGUCGCAUUCCUCAAGAAGAUCUGGACCGUGUCAUGGCUGCUUGUGGUGGAUCAAUUUUGACCACAGUUUCUCAGAUUGAUGAGUCGGUACUUGGAAAAUGUGCCACAUUUUACGAGCAGCAAGUUGGGAGUGAGCGGUAUAACUUUUUCGAAGGCUGUGCAAAGGCUCAUGCAUGUACUCUCCUUCUGCGUGGUGGCGCUGAGCAGUUCAUUGCAGAAACAGAACGUUCUUUGCAUGACGCCAUUAUGAUUGUUCGCCGUGCGAAAAAGAAUGAUUCUGUAAUUAUUCCUCAACAGCUCUGCUACAAUGCUGGAAUUGAUGCUAUUGAUAUUUUGAACAAACUUCGUCACAGACAUUCGCUAGGUGAAAUUUGGGCUGGAGAGUCGAUAUCCAUAAAGAGGAAGUUGGUGACAACUCUUGCUGCUUGUAUUUGGGAGCCAAGCGUAGUGAAAAAGAAUGCCAUCAUCGCUGCCACCGAGGCUGUGUGUCUUGUGCUGUCGAUAGACCAGACGGUGAAGAACGUGCGGACUCCAUCGGGAGGGCAAAUGCCUGGGUUGCCGGGAAUGUAA